AUGCCUUUGUGCUGUGAUUGGCUAGGUGCCGACCAGUCAACUAGUGCCCGUCUCAAGCCGCAUGCAAACGCAGAGCGAAAAAAACGAGUGGGCAUCAAAAAAUCAGCCUCUACCAACAUGCAAGUACCGCCAAGGAAAUGCUCUAUUUGGAUUGUUUGGAUCGCUUUAUUCCUCUGUCUACUUCAAGUGGAAUUUACUCAGUCCAUCUCCUGGCUAGGUCUUCAUCGCUAUCCACGUUCGAAAGUGCUUGAAAAAGAACGCUUCACUCCGAACGAAUGCUUCUAUGCAAAAUAUCGUUAUGGACUGGGUAAAAAGCAGUUGGAAUUUUGUCAUCAUCCUGAAGGCAGCUUUGCAAUGCACGCUGUCCUCAAGUCAGCUCAGGCAGUCACCUACUACUGUCCAGAGAUAUUCAAGGAUAGACGUUGGAAUUGUUCGUCUGUGGAGCUCUUACCGAAAACUUCUCCUGAUAUUUCCAGAACCACUCGAGAGAAAGCAGCGAUGCACGCAUUGGCCAGCGCGGCUCUAAUGUUCGAGAUCGGCAGACGGUGCGCAGAGAACAAAAUCAUGGAUUGUGAAUGUGGUCGCCUAGAUAAUUGGGACAUACCUCUACAGCCAGCUGACAUCGAUGACCCUGGUCCAGUGGACCUCAAACAGUCACAGAAUGUUCCCCUGCAGUAUCAUUGGGGUGGAUGUUCAGACAACUUUGAGGCCGCGAAAACUUACACGCAUGCCUUCCUGGGAUUCCCCGCAGAAACCAGACCACAGAGAAGACAAAUGCGCUACGUACUGCAUCCAUAUGGACGAUACAGUCGUGUUCCGAGACAAACAGUUAGGCAGAUGAAUAAAAAGAGGAACUCAAAGAAAAAGACCAAGAGACUGGUCAACCUGCACAACUAUAGAGCUGGAAUGAAGAUAAUUGAGGAUUCUCAGAAGAUCAGAUGCAAAUGUCAAGGUGUGAGUGGCAGCUGCGCCCAUAAAAUUUGCUUUCGACAACUCCUUCGCAUUGAUUCAUCCCAACUUCAGGAUAUUAUCCUACAACGCUAUAUGAUGGCUCGUUAUGUCUCAGUUGAUUAUGGAAGUCUCCUGAUUGCAAAGGAGUAUGAGUAUGGCUCUUACACUCCACGGGUAAUCCAUUACAGUGAACUAGCAUUCACUGAACAUUCGCCUGACUUUUGUGAACCCGAUGCUCAAUUAGGUUCGGUUGGAACGAAGGGAAGAUUCUGCUCGACAAAUGUAACGGAAAGAGCCCAAUCAAACCACUGUCAAAACAUGUGCUGCGGAAGAGGUCACGUAACAUUUGAGGAGACCAAAUUUACCAAUUGCAAUUGUCGCAUCACGAAAGAUUUUCGAGUCAUUUGUGACAAAUGCCCCCAAGUAGUCACAAGAAAUAUUUGUAAAUGA